AUGUCUCUGAGGUGUUUUCCCAUUUGGGUUUGUCCCCAAACGAUUCAUCSUUCUCCUCUGGUGGGUCUCGACGCUAAACGUCGUCGUUUCGGUUUCUGGGAGUGCUCCUCCUCAGCUUCCCAGAGAGCCGUCACUGCCAYUGAAGGCGAGAUUCCGUACGGUCGUGAGCUCAAAAAGCCCUCUGGUGAAAUGGGUCUGACUCAGGAGACCGAGUCUGUUACUUUUCAUAGAGACUUGAGCRUGCUUCCUAAACCUCUAACUGCAAACAGCCUUUACUCUUCUGAUGGCGAUGAUUCAAAAGUGCGAAUUUCGUUUCAGGGCUUACCGGGUGCAUAUAGCGAGACAGCAGCACUAAAAGCAUAUCCAAAUUGUGAAACUGUGCCAUGUGAACAGUUUGAAACUGCAUUUCAGGCUGUUGAGCUGUGGUUGGUGGAUAAAGCAGUAUUACCGAUUGAGAAUUCAGUAGGUGGUAGUAUCCACCGUAAUUAUGAUUUGCUUCUUCGUCACAGGCUUCACAUUGUCCAAGAAGUCCAUUUGCCUGUAAAUCAUUGUCUCUUGGGAGUGCCUGGUGUGAAAAAGGAAGAUAUUAAACGCGUUCUUASCCAUCCUCAGGCGCUUGAUCAAUGUGUGAAAUCACUUAACGAUUUAGGCAUACAGAGAGUUUCUGCAAAAGACACUGCCACUGCUGCUCAGACUGUUUCUUCAAGCGGUAAGAGAGAGAUAGGAGCAAUCGCAAGUGUACGUGCUGCAAAUUUAUAUGGUCUAGAUAUUCUUGCCGAGAACAUACAAGAUGAUGCUAACAAUGUGACCCGCUUUCUGAUACUUGCCAGAGAGCCUAUGAUUCCAAGAACAGAUAGACCAUAUAAGACAAGUAUCGUGUUCUCUCUAGAAGAAGGUCCUGGUGUGCUGUUCAAGGCCUUGGCUGUGUUUGCUUUGAGAAGCAUUAACUUAUCCAAGAUAGAAAGUCGUCCACAGAAAAGAAGACCACUAAGAGUAGUUGAUGGUUCUAACAAUGGAACUGCCAAGUACUUUGAUUACUUAUUCUACAUUGAUUUUGAAGCUUCAAUGGCUGAAACACGUGCUCAGCACGCCCUCGGUCAUCUACAGGAAUUUACAAGUUUCAUCCGUAUCCUCGGGUGUUAUCCAACGGAUUUAGUCAGAUAA